AUGUAUGUUUAUACAUUGAUACCUCAGACCCGACUUAUUAAAAUUACAGAAAUGAUUUCUAAAUUCAUCGAUACCCUUUUUGUGAUGUUCCAAAUCAAUUCUGAUGUUGGCUACAAAUUUUUUGAAUGGCUUCAUGAAAGCACAUCAACGAAUCGCAAACUGUUUGGAUUAUCUACAUCAAAAUUCAUUCAAGCUUUAUCAGUCUCGCGUAGUGGCAUUUUAACAAUCUGCAGCUUUUGUUGUCAGGUCAAUUGGACUCUGUAG